UCACGCACAAAUAUCCCCACAGAGAAAUUACCCCCUGAAAUUCCGAAUACCUCAGGUGGGUGUGACGACAAUCAACGUAUCAAUCAUGACCAUCUCCUGAUCACUGCCGUGGACUUUAUGGUAAAUGGAAAGAAGAUUGUCUCAUUCACAACUUCAAACAUUUUGAACCCUCUAGUGUUUCCAUCUCCAUACGCUCUACCAAUAAGUGGACUUGUUAAUAUGUCGGUCUCACUUUAUUCGAUCUUUCCAAGUGAGAGUGUAUCAGUUCAAUACUUCUUGAAGUGGUCCACAGACCCAUCUCCUGUACAAUUGACUAGGACUGCAACAUCUUGUGUUGCCAAUUACUCGAGCUUCAAUGUUCCAGGUGGAUCAGCCAGUACCUUUACCAUUCAAAACAGUGUCGUAUGGCAGCAGAAUGUCAAUGCCAUGGCUUUCCAAGCGUCUGCCUCCCAGGGUGUAUUGGCCAUGUCCAUCAAGGACACAGUUGGUAAUGUUGUCUGCCAGUCAACUCCAGUCUACAAGGAUGGAUUCUUGCAGUAUAUGGUGCCAUGCAACAACAUCGUACCACUUGUCAAAGGCACCACUUAUGUCACUACAGCCGUCUACAACAACACCAAACCUCUUAGAGGAGUGUUUGGAAACUUUGGCCUUUAUGUUGGUUUCCCACGUCCAUCGACAAGCUCUACCACUUCCUCUACUUCUACUACUACAUCUCACACCAGUCAGACAAGUCAAACAAGCCAAACUAGUCAGACGAGCCAGACAAGUCAAACCUCGGAUUCUACCAAAUCCAUUUCAAUCACUGGAUUCACAGCCAGUCCUACUGGUAGCUCGACAACCACUGGAAGCACUGCAGGUGGUCCCACCGAUGACACCUCUGCUCCUCCAACAGCUUCACCAACUGGAUACACAGUCACCUCUGGUGACCUUUCAUAUGGCUGGCAACCAGCCAGGAAGCUUAGAAUU